AUGACUAGUGCACAUGUACGGUACGGCGCUUUCCUCCUUAUCAUCACCAUUCUCCUCUUUUUUGUCCCUCUCCUCACUUUCUUUCCGCCGGUCCCGCCUUCUAAGCGCGAUGCUCUCCUUGAAACACAUACUCAAAUCGGCCUCCGGCCGGCGCGAACAGGCCUGACGGGUCAGCAACAAGGCGCUGCUGCGAGCUCUAAUGGGGCGAAGGGCGGCGAAUCAAGCUCGGGGAAAAUCAGCAGCCUCUGGAUCUACCCGCUCAAGUCGUGCAGGGGCAUCGAGGUCAGCCAGAGCAAGGUGCUGCCGACGGGCCUCGAGUUUGACCGCAUCUACACGUUCGCCCAGCUGAAGAGCGCCUUCCCGGUGGACGUGCAUAGUGCUGGCGAGAAGGAAGCACCAUCAUCACACUCAGGCUCAUGGCACUUCAUCACCCAACGGCAGUUUCCGCUCCUCGCAACCGUCCAGGCGGAGCUGUUCGUUCCGGACAUCAUCAAAGCCCGCGGGCAGUCCUCCAAGGUUGCGGAGCCGUUCCUGCUCGUCCGCUUCCCCUGGCAGGAACCCGGUCUCCGCGGCCUCGUGAGCUGGGCGGCGGCUAAGAUUGCGCGCGGAUGGAGCGCACGGCCAGAGAAGGAGUUCCUUUUGCCCGUCGCCUUCCCAUCCCGGGAGGACAUCGCGGCCCUCGGCUAUGCUUACGAGGAUGUGACCAUCUGGCGCGACACGGUGACGGCGCUUAAUCUGGAAGCGGAGCUGCCUCGGGAGCUGGGUCUCUACCUUGGCGUGAGCAACAGACUCGGCAUCUUCCGCAUCGACCCGGACCGAUUACGAAACGUCUACCGUUGUGCCCCGACCAAGGACGAGGCCGGCUACCAACCCGUCACUGGGUUCCAAGAUGCUUAUCCCCUGCACCUCCUGAACCUGACCAGCGUUCGAGAUUUCGAUGCCAAGAUCGACAAGGACGACACGCUCCCGGCCCUGGAUCCCAGGCGGUUCCGGGCUAACAUCAUAGUGGACGGCGGAGAUGCCCCUUAUGAUGAAGACACCUGGAGGAAGAUCCGGUUCAUCCCGGGUCCCGGCAGUAGGCGGGAAGCCUCAACAUUCCACGUGUCUUGCCGAACUGUCCGCUGCAAAAUGCCAAACGUAGACCAAGACACUGGAUACCGUCACCCGGUAGAACCAGAUAGGUCUCUGAGGAAGUACAGAGAUGUCGACGAAGGCGCGACAAGCAUGGGCUGCCUGGGCAUGCAACUGACGCCUUUAUAUUCCAAGACGUCCUCCGAGGAGGGACUGGAAAGUUGGGUCGAGGUGGGGAUGUCGGUAGAGGUGUUGGACCGAGGCUCCCACGUAUAUAUCCGCCAAUAGACGAGGGAUCAUCAGCAUUGAGAAGGCAGAUCCGGAUACAUCUAGAUACAUAGAACCAUAGACGUACGGGCAACUGAACAGAAAAGCCACAACACAUGUGAGAAGCACGAGAAGCACCCAUGAACAAACCGGACGCGAGCCUACCCAUAGCCUAGCCAAAGUUGUAUACCGGACCAUCCCGUCAUCAUACAUAAUAAUAAUAUCGCCUCAGUCAUCCGGGGAGCCAAGCCAGUACGCCACACCUAUGUCCCAGAGGAAACCAUAGAGCCAACAUAGCCCAACUCGUCGUCUCACUCGCACCCCAUGCCUCCUUCCUUCCCUCUGAGCUAAAACAUCCCACGUCCCCUUGCCCUCGCGUGCCACACAAAGGAGGCUCACUUCAGAUCCGCCGGCGUGAGCGCCUGUAC